AGAUCUGAAACUGGACAACAUCCUUCUGGAUGCGGAGGGCCACUGUCGUCUGGCCGAUUUUGGAAUGUGCAAGGAAGGUAUCACGAAGGACAAGUUGACCAGCACGUUUUGCGGCACACCUGAUUACAUAGCUCCAGAAAUUCUCCAGGAGUUGGAAUACGGUGUAUCGGUGGACUGGUGGGCACUCGGAGUGUUGAUGUACGAAAUGAUGGCCGGGCAGCCGCCUUUCGAAGCGGACAACGAGGACGAUCUGUUUGAGGCGAUUCUCAACGAUGAUGUGCUGUACCCAGUUUGGUUGUCGAAAGAAGCGGUGAACAUUUUGAAGGCGUUCAUGACGAAAAAUCCAUCUAAACGAUUGGGUUGUGUGCAGUCACAAGGCGGUGAGGAUGCAAUUCGCGCGCAUCCGUUUUUCCGUGAAAUCGACUGGGACGCGCUUGAGGCGCUUCGUAAAUCGAAACGUGAUGCAAACAACUUCGAUGCGGAUUUCACAAAGGAAGAGCCAGUACUGACGCCAACAGAUCCGGCGGUGAUUCGUUCAAUAAAUCAGGAAGAAUUUCGCGGGUUCACUUUUGUGAAUCCGCACUUUGUAUACUAA